UUUGAAUUUCCUAGACUCUUGCUGGAAGGUCUUUCCUGGCUCCUGGGAGGGGAAUCAGCAGUUUGAUCUGCAGACAUUAGCAGGUGAUAACUUCAUGUAUACGCUGAUGAGGGCCUGAGUGGUUGGUGACAAACCAGAAGAGAGAUCUUGGCAUCGUGAUGGAUAGCUCCAUAGAAACUUCAACUCAGUCGGCAAGCAGCUGUGGAAAAGGAAGAGGCCCUGCUCCCUAUCUAGAAAUUUCAGUUUCUACCUCUGUGCCCUCUCCCUUUCUUUGGGAGAGUAGCAGUUACUAACACUGCCAAGAGUGACCAACUGAUCAAUUUUUGGCCAAUUUUGCCUUGAGAGAGAAAAAUGGCUACAGAGCACAGAGAUGCCUCAGCCGUGGGACUCUUGCAGGCUGAGGAAGAGAAACAGGAGAAGGGGGCGAAAAUGGAAGUGCAGAGCCCGGCAGGCCCUGAGGCAGGGAAGGGAGAAGGAAGAGGCUCCCGUGCCCUCCAUGUGGAGAGCAUCCGGGACUUCUGGGAAAGGACCAUGCCAGAGGAGGUGACCCGGGAACAACGGAAGGGCCUGCAACAGAGGUGGGAAUCCCAAUUACAAGAGUUCCUGAAGGCUCUGGAGUCCCCCCACCCUGAAGCGGGCAUCCCACAGUCCCUGGGGCCUUUUCCAAGAAAUAAUACUCGGGCUUGCCUCACACCCUUUGAAGGGAUGGCUGACGGCAGCCAGCGGCCUAGAGAAGAGAGAGGUGCCCAGCCCCUACCUAGCCUCAGUGGAGAAACCCUCCAAGCCAAGAGAAACAUGCAAGCCAAAGACAAGACAGAUGGCAGGAAAGCCAAGUGGGAGCUCUUGGGUGAGGAGAUGUCCAGUUCCCACGCUGAAUGCCGGCUCUUUAGGCAGUUCGGCUACCAGGAGGCCGAAGGGCCCCGAGAGGCCUGCAGGCAUCUCCGGAGGCUCUGCCACCAGUGGCUGAAGCCAGAGAGACAUACCAAAGAGCAGAUCCUGGAGCUGGUCAUCUUGGAGCAAUUCCUGAUGAUCCUGCCGCACGAGAUGCAGGGCUGGGUACGGGAAUGCAGCCCCCAGACUUGCGCCCAGGCCGUCAUCCUGGCUGAAGAUUUUCUGCAGCGGCAACAAGAUGAGUUGCAGGAAGAGCAGGUGAUGCCUCCGCUUGAAGAGGAAGACAUAUUGGAGAAGGCCCCAGUGGACGCCUGGCGGAGGCCGCUCUUCAGAGGUGUCAAAGAGGAGGGCAGCAAAGAUGCCACCUUGCUGGCGGGUGACGAGAAGGCAUGCAGGAAGGAGAAAAACCAGCCAGAAAACUCUGGGCAGCUGGACAAUUGGAUGUUAUCCGGACGAUCUGAACAGAACGUUCCUCACUGUCUUGAGAGUGGAGAAUCCUCUGAGAGCCUCUUUGGAAACUGCUUAGAGAAGGAAGUGGGGAAAUUCAUUAAUUCCCAGGGGACGUAUGAGGACUUGGAUGAGAGCAUCGUGCAGCAGAGAAGCCUCCCUGGCGAGAGAGACAAUGCCUGCCACGUGUGCGGCAAAGGCUUCCGCCGACGGUCCAACCUGAUCGCACACGAGAGAACCCACUCGGGGGAGAGGUGGUACAACUGCUCGGAUUGCGGGAAGAGCUUCGUCAGCCGUGCCGCCUUCCUCAUCCACCAGAGGGUCCACACCGGGGAGAAGCCCUACAAGUGCUCUUACUGUGGGAAGGGCUUCAACACGGGCUCGAGCCUCACGAGGCACAAGCGAAUCCACACCGGGGAGAAGCCCUACAAGUGCUUGGAUUGCGGGAAGCGCUUCAACGACUACUCCAACUUCAUCGUCCACAAGCGAAUCCACACGGGGGAGAAGCCGUACGAGUGCUCUGUCUGCGGGAAGAGAUUCAGUGACAACUCAAACUUUAUCAAGCACCAUCACUGAGAGGCAAUCGGGUUUCCUUUUGCUUUUUAAAAAAAGUCAUAUUAACGUAACCUAUUAAGGCAACAUAAGGCACCCCUUGCCACAAUGGGAUUUGUGUGUGAAGGCCAGGAGAGUCCGGAGGGAGAGUGAAAAUGUUGAAACAGGUUCUGUGCACCCUCUGUUGCCUUGACAACCAACUAGGUAUUUUGUGGGGAGAGAACUGUUCCAGAGAGAGAGUGGGAGGUGGCAGAUAGGGCCUGCUGCAGGUAUGGAGGGGACCGCCAGCUCCAGGUUUGGGGUUGGGCUCCAGGGCCUCCCUUAACCUUGACAGCACGACAAGUCUUUAUUUCAGGGGUUCUCAAACUUGGGUCCACAGAUGUUGUUAGACUUCAAGUCCCAUGAUGCUAGCCACAGUGGCCUUUGUCCAUUGUGACUGGGGAAGAUGGGAGUUGAAUUCCAUCAACAUCUGGAGACCAGUGUUCCCUCUAAUCUCUUUCAUCUGUGUGCAGGAUGAGUUUUGUUCUGGGCAGCAGUAUCAAGGCAGUGUAUGUGCGUGUGCAUUCAGAGUGGGGCCUUCCUGAUUCAACCUGAGCAGGAUCUAAAAUUAACUGAGUGGCCAUCCAAAAAUAAUUAUUACAUUUAUAUCCCGCUUUUCCUCCAAGGAGCCCAGAGUGGUGUACUACAUACUUGAGUUUCUCCUCACAACCACCCUGUGAAGUAGGUUAGGCUGAGAGAGAAGUGACUGGCCCAGAGUCACCCAGCUAGUAUUGUGGCUGAAUGGGGAUUUGAACUUGGGUCUUCCCGGUCCUAGUCCAGCACUCUAACCACUACACCAUGCUGGCUCUCACACUGGGAGCGCAUGCACACGCCUUAGAGGGAACGCUGCUGGGGGACCCAAGUUUGAGAACCUCUGCUUUAUUUCAUUUAUCAUUGCAGAAGUCGAAGCCAUGUUAGCCAUCAGCUCGUUGCACCAACCGCCUUCCCUGCAUCGUGGUGGGGUGACCUGUGACAGAAGCCUGGUGAUUUCUGGGAGGAAGAAAGGGCAGAGGCUAGGUGCCCACCAUGGCUUCUGUGCCUAGUAUUGCUUCUCCUUUGGUCACUGUGGUGGCAAACAAAUGCCCCCCACCCAUUGCACCACCAAGGUUGAGGGAGGAGUGCUGAUCCAGCCAGGGCAGGUGCUGCCGGAAGGUGCUGCUUUGUGAUGGUGGAGGCCCAGACUCCCCACCCCACUGUUAUCAAGCUUAUAAGCUAUAACCGUCUUAAAUUCCUUUCUGGAGCAGUUGACUAUCUCCUGCUCACUUUUCUCACUCAGAUGUCAAGUGGAAACAACAUCUUGUUGCAGAUGGACCAAGCCUGUUGGCUUGCUUUAGGAAGGAAUAUAAGAUGUUACUUUCUGUUGAAUCAGACCUUUGGUCCAUCUAGUUCAGUACUGUCUACUCUGACUGGCAGCAUCUCUCCAUGGUUUUAGGUAGAAUCUUCCCCAGCCCUACCUGGACAUCACAGGAUUGAACUUGGGUCUUUCUUCAUGCAGAGCAGAUGUUCUGCCACUGCGCUACGCUACGGCCUCCUCCCCUCCCCUCCUUCCUCUCCACCUUCCUUUCCCUGCCUGCCGGGUUCGGCACACGAUUCAAACCACUUGUCCUGCAAGCUAUACCUCCAGCCCAAUCUCUCCCCACAUUUUUUUGAACCUGUGGGCCAUCUCUGAAGCUUGACUUCAUAUUCUGAACACCCCAGUAACUGAACACAGCAUAGUAUUUUUGCACUCUGCCACGGGGGUACAACCCUUACAGAUCUGUAGAGUGAGGCACUCCCCUGACCAUUGCUUUAGAGGAGGUCUGGAAUGAGGCAUCUUAGAAGUCCUAUCCAGAGAUUAUGUUGUGCAUGCAUUCAGGUAUCUGCACACAUGUACACGUUCUUGUGAGAAUGGCAUGCAUUCACUUAGAAAAUGAACCUGGGUACACACCUGGUCAGAUGCAGGCACAAAUAGGAAGUGUACUGCUGUUAGUGCAUCUGACACAAGGUAUAAAUAAGUAUACACUCAUACAGAUCUAUAUGUGCAUAUACUAUACACAGAUUGUACAUGCAUAUCACAUAACUUUUGAAGAACUCGACAUGCAUACAGAUGUUUGUGUGUACAGAAAUUGCACGUGUUCAACGUGAUGUAUGAAUAUCACAUGUGUACACCAUACACAGAUUAUACAUGCGUUGAACACAACGUGUGAAUAACUACUUGUGUACAGACAGAUCUGAAGAACUGUAUAUGUAUACAGAGCUGUAUGUGUGUCCAACAUAACUGGUGAAUAACUAAUUGUACAUGUGUACAGAUGAGUACGUAUGUUCAAUAUGAUGUGUGAGUUACUGUACGUAUGUACAGAUACAUGCAUACAUGUGGGCACACGGCAUAUGGAUUAUAUGGGCAUUGAGUAUAAUAUCUGAAUAGGGCUAGAUUCCUUCCUGAGCAGCCAGCCUGGGGAGUAGGGAUGUUCACAAACCUGUUUGGAGGCCCUUUUACAGGCCUCCAAACAGGUUCGAAAGACUGGUGGUUCAACUGGUUCCAAGCGGGGGGAUACCUUUAAGGACUAGAGAGGGUGCACUCCACACCCCCUGGCCGCAUUUCCCCCGCUGGUGCCGCAAUGUAAAAGGGUCUGGUGGGACAGCAGCGUACCUCCCUGCUGCCCCGUUGCCUUCUUGGACUGGAAGUGACCGGAAGUACCCGACGUGCGCAUGCAAAAUAUCAUGCAAAUGCACAACAUGAGCAAAUUGUGUUACAGGAAAGUAAGGCCAUUGGAAAUUAAACUUGCACAAAGGCAAUGCUAUUAGGCUGACAUGCCAUUGCGCAGUAUGUCAUUCGUUAGAUUUGGGCAUAGUUCUCACUUUGUGUCUGGACUGUACCUAUUUAGUCUGCAAGUGUGGGCUCAUUUGCUUCUUGCAGAUGGGUUUAAGCACAGGCUGUACCAACUCACUCUGCAGCAGAGGGCUCAUGUCUUUGAAUCCACCUCUAUGCAACAAACAAACAGAACUCCCCACUUACAGAAAACUGGCACCUCAGGCUUCUAAACUCAAUUGACUCCCUGAGAUGCUGACUUUCUGUAUGCAGGGAUUUUGUGUGUAUUGAAUGCACCUCCACUUAUAAUAUAAGUCUCAGCUUCCAGUCAUAGCCUGAUCGCCUUAGUAUGAACUGGGCCUACAUCAGGAUUCUAUGUGCUCAGUGCAAAAUAACCCUCAAAAUUGUGCAGCCUGGUAUCCCAUAUUCUUCACCUACAACAGUUAGAUUUCGCAAACUGUUUAAAUUAAACAUAGAUUUCCUUAGUUUGUGUAAUUUAUUCUGCUUCUGCUGUGAGGAGGAAAGGCAAUAAAACUCCUGUCUUCCACCUUCCUGCCCGCCUGCCUACCAACCACUGGAAAUCCUGUACGGAUGUGCACGAAGCGUUUCACACACAUCCGAGGGGAGGGAGGGGUCAGUAGAUAAUAAUAAUAUGUCAGGGACCCUCAGCCUUGUGGGUAUCGAGCAUAGCACCACCACCACCCCCUCAGCUAAUAGAUUUGGGUGAGACUGGAGCCCUGUUUGGACAUUAUGUUGUAUGUAUGGCAGAGAUGUGAGUUUUCUUGAAAUUUUUGAAUUGCAAGAUUUCCUGGAAAAAUUUCCCAUGAAAAUUUCCCUUUCAUUUGCAUCAAAAUUGUAUUAUUCCGCCCCCCCCUUAAAGAAAUUACCACACAAUUUUCCUAAUGCCCUAAAUUGAUUUUGACCUGAUUUGGCAUUUUUAUACUGUAAAAACAACAACAACAACCACUACUUCCACUAUAUUAAUUUCCCCUUGCUGUAUUUCUAGUCUUUCAACUAGUGAAGCAGAAGUAUUAGAGAUGGAAUAUUUCCACAGGAAAAGUAAGUAUGGGAACAUUUUCCACCCCACAUUUCUGGCAUGUGUCCACCUGUCUGUACACAUCUGCAUGUUUUUGUGUGAAUGGCUGUACCUGCGUUCAUUUUAAAAGUGAACCUGGAUACAGAUCCUCUCAAGCACAAGUCUACAUAGAACAGGCCUGCUCAACUUCGGCCCUGCUGCAGAUGUUGGCCUACAACUCCCAUAAUCCCUGGCUAUUGGCCACUGUGGCUAGGGAUUAUGGGAGCUGUAGUCCAGAAACAGCCUGGGGUAGGGGCAAAGUUGAGCAGGCCAGCUAUAGAAGGAGAGGCCAGCCAGUGGUGAUAUGGAGGUAAAGAGUAGGUGAAAGAGGGGAGUGCAGGGCAGGCAUACAGGGAAGUGGGUGGGUAACCCUGUCUAGCAGUGCUCUCCAAAUUUCUGGUGCUAAAGGCACGUGCUUUUUUUCUGAUUGAAAACGGGAGGCCCAUAAGUAUCCAGUUAUCCCUACAUAGAGCAGAACUGAUUGAGAAUGUGGCACUCAGCCCCAGUUUCUUUCUCAAACGUGGGUUCCCUGAUGAUGUUGGACUGCAACUCCCUCCUUCCCCAGCCAUAUGGAUGAUGAGAGUUGUAGUCCAACAACAUCUGGGGACCCAAGGUUUGCGUAAACACCCUGCUGCUCUUUAUGUUUAACAUCAACCUUAAUUAAGCUGAUACAGUUUGCUUGAUAAAUCUGCUGUGAAUCCACAGUGGUAGCGGCAUUUCAUUCUUUACGGAAGACACAACGGGACAAAAUCUCAGUGAAUAUCUUUGCACCCUUUGGAAGAACCAAAGAUGGGACAUUUUGUCGAAAUUUGUAUCAUUUGUGGUUCUGUUAAAGCAGGGGGGUUGUACAAUCCUAACAGCCGAGGCAAAAGAGGAUGUUUUUAUGGUUUGCGCACACACAGCUACAGACCUAAAAAUCUCCCCACAAAUUUUGCAAGGAGAAAUAUCUUUUAUUAUUUCCUACAUCACGUUUCUUGCUCAGAUGCAAAAUCGAAACAAAACCUUUUGUUUAUGGAUGGAGAUUGUUAACAAGCAAUACUUAACCUGGUCUUACACUUGACUCUAAACUUAAGGUCAGAUCUGACCUAGCAAUAAAGAAGCAAAGUCAAGACAAUAUUUAUUUUAUGUUUACUCUUGAGAUUGUAGAAGCAAAGAACUCUAGUUGGUACACCAACCACUUUAGUUUUUCCUUUAUUGUAACAGACUAACUAGCAUUUUAGCUACACGUUGAAUUCAGCACGCUCCUUUGAUGUAUAGAGGUUUUCUUAUUAGUUGUCUUCAUCUCUUCCACCCAGUGGCCACUGUCAGUCUUCCAACCGACUAGCAAAAAAUGGCCUGGUCUGUUCCUAUGUCUAGCACCUUGAUUUGCAGAAAUCGUCAGGUGAAACCUUUCACAACCAAGAGAUAAUCAUCUCCCUCUGCUAAUGUCUACUGACCAAGUGGCUGUUAAAGACCUUGGUGCAGUAGCAGGUUAAAAAGUUGGCAAUCCUAUGACCCGACCUCCCAGGUGUGGCACCAAACAGCAUUCAAACAAGCGGCAGCUGUUGGGUAUACCAAAUGCAUGCUAGUUUCCUUUCUCAAAAAGGAUACCAUAGAUCUGGAGAAGGUGUCGACAAGGGCAAAAUGACAGCCCUGGAGGCUGAAGAGCCUUCCCUGUCACAACAGGCAAAGAGUUUAGGAAAAAUGAACAGAGACAUGAUAGAGUUGUAUUUAUGAAUAUUGUGUAGAAACUAAAGAGACUUGCCCGCUCCCAUAACCUGAAAACUUGCAAGUUCCCUAAUGCAAUUGAUACUUCAGCAGUUGAUUCAGGGCAGGCAAAAGAAGUAUUGCUUCACACAAUGCAACAUUGAUUUAUGGAACUCAUUGCCACAGGAUGUGUGGCCAGCCAACAGCUUUAUUUUUUAAAGCAGAAAUAAAUUAAUGGAGGAGAGCUCUAUAAUAGUGAGACAUCCACGACACCCAAGAACAGACCCUCCUUUUGCCAGGGCAGAAUACCUCUGACUACUAAGCGCUAGGGACAAAUAGCCUCUCCAUCUCAACAUGUCCGUGACCUGCUCAGGAAUUCCCCAGAAACAUCUGCCUGAGGACAGCAUCCUGGACAAGAGGAACCAUUAGAUAGAGCAAAGCAAUCUCUGUAUUGUAUACUCCACAUUUUUAAGGACAUGAAACAAAUUUGAAUUUCUCGUGGCACAACAUUGUUGGAGCGUUUAUAAAUUUUUAAUAAAUUUGCCCCAGAUUA